GUGGCCGUGGGACCUCUGCUCACGGGCGCAGACCAUGAGCUCUCCUCCGACGUGAUCCAGUGGUGGCUGGAUGUAAUUCGGCAGCUCUUCACUGUCCUCCCAGCCCCGACUGGCGAUGCGUGGGACCCGUCUCACUGCAGGACGUGUGCAGUGGUGGGGAACUCGGGGUGGCUGAAGGGGUCUGGCCACGGGCUGCGCAUCGAUGCCCAUGACUGGGUGCUGAGGAUGAACAGAGCAAAGAUUGCUGGCUUUGAGCUGGACGUUGGCAUGAGAACAACCCAUCACUUCAUGUACCCAGAGAGCGCAGUAAACCUCGGGCCUGGCAUCCACCUCGUCCUUGUCCCCUUCAAGCCACUGGACCUGCAAUGGGUGGCCAGCGCCUUCUCCACUGGAGAGCUCACGCACACAUACGUCAGGGUGAAACAGUUCAUCAAAGCUGACAGAAACAAGGUGCUGAUCCUGAGCCCAGCUUUCCUCAAGUACAUCCAUGACAGCUGGACGCAGCGCCAUGGGCGGUACCCCUCCACUGGCUUCAUAGCCCUGCUCUUCGCCCUGCACACCUGCCAGCAGGUUUCCGUGUUUGGCUUCGGAGCAGACAGUGCAGGCACCUGGCACCACUACUGGGAGAAAAACCGCUGGUCUGGAGCCUUUCGCAGGACAAGGGUCCACGAUGCUGACGUCGAAUUCAGCCUCAUCGAGAGACUGGCAGCCGAAGGCAGGAUUUUAUUCUACAAAUGA